CUCACCAUCGAGUCUCCCCUUGACCCAACGAGACACUGCCCACGGACUUCUUAGCAUCAGACUGCGCAACCGUCUUACGCCUUCACUCUUGCGUCAUGUCCUUUGCACAAUCCUUGAGCGCGAAACAGCCAAACGCUGGGCCAGAUCUUGCCGUCCGCUUAAUAUGUCCGGAUUGUAAGGACCCUAACCCUAAGAUUGUCGAGGAAUUCGGAAGUGGAGACCUCGUAUGUGGUGAUUGUGGACUGGUUUUGGGAGACCGAAUAGUAGAUACGAGGAGCGAGUGGCGCACGUUCGCCAAUGAUGACGGAGAUGAUCCGUCCCGUGUCGGAGCUGCUUCAAACCCUUUGUUGGAGGGAAUGGACCAACUCGACACGAUGAUUGGUUUCAAGGACGGGGGCUCAGGAAUUGCUAGGGAGCUUCAACGCACCGCUGCAAAAUCGGCGAGUGCAAAGAGCGAGAAGAAUCUCAUGGCUGCCUACAGAGACAUUGGCAACAUGUGCGACUCGAUCAGCUUGCCGAAAGCUAUUGCAGAUAUUGCGAAACAAUUGUAUAAACGCACAGACGAAGAGAAAAUUCUUCGCGGAAAAUCCACAGAUGCGAUUGUCGCCUGCUGCAUUUUCAUUGCUUGCCGCCAAGGAAACGUCCCCCGCUCUUUCAAGGAAAUCUGCCAGCUCACCCGUGUUCCUAAAAAGAUUAUUGGACAGUGCUUCAAAGUCAUCGAGCAGGCUUUCGGCCUCACUGCUCGCCCCACUACUAUCUCCGCUGGUGGAACCCCAGCUGCAUCUGGCGCGACAGAUGGCGCAGGCGGGGGUGCCAGCACUGGCUCUUCCGCCGAAGACUUGCUCGCUCGUUAUUGCAACCACCUCGAUCUUCAUCCGAGCGUGCAAGGUGUUUGUCGCGAUGUCGUGCUUCUGGCACGCGAGCAUUCAGUUGCACAAGGACGCAGCCCUGUCAGCAUCGCGGGAGGUGCCAUUCUUUUCACCACACUCCUACUGGGACACCAUAAGCCCAUCAAAGACAUCAGUCAGGUCGCAGGUGUGAGCGAGAGCACUAUUAAAUUGGUGUACAAAUUAUUCGUUCAGUCGAAGGAUUCGCUUGUGAAGACUGAAUGGAUCGAGUCAGGGAAGGUAGAUUUCAGUCGAUUAAAUCCUGCUGACUUACCCAAAGGCACUUGAUUUCCCCUUGUUGUGUUUGUAAUCAUGAUAGCCAAUCAGGAUGUGUUCGCUCAUAGAGUAGAUCAAUCACGCGGGCCUUAACUGGGCGACAAAGACUUCGUGACCCCAAAUGUUUAAAGGCUGAUGUAUAGAAUAAGCCACAAGCGACACUACGAAAUGGC